AUGUCGAACAUUCCGGAGAAGUGCGAUGUUCUAGUCAUCGGCGGUGGCCCCGGCGGUGCGUACUCGGCAUGUUGCUUGGCACGGGAGGGAGUCGAUACUGUCCUGCUGGAAGCCGAUGUUUUCCCCAGAUACCACAUUGGGGAAAGUAUGCUCCCUUCCAUGCGUCACUUUCUGCGGUUUAUCGACCUUGACUCCACUUUCGACAACUAUGGCUUCAAGAUCAAGACAGGUGGCAUGUUCAAAAUGAACUCCAAGCCCCGAGUCUUUACCGACUUCGUGGCUGCAGGUGGCCCACAGGGCUAUACGUGGAACAUUGUGCGAUCUGAAGCUGAUCAAUUGAUCUUCAAUCACGCUGCCAAAAGUGGCGCGAAGACCUUUGACGGGGUCCGAGUUGGCGAUCUCGAGUUCCAGCAAUGGGACAAGAAUGAUCCGAUGGAACAGAAACUGGCCGAGUUCCCUGAUCCGAACCCAGGACGCCCCGUUUCAGCCCGUUGGUCACGCAAGGAUGGCACCAGUGGCGUCAUUAGUUUCAACUACCUGAUCGAUGCUAGUGGUCGGGUCGGCGUGGUGAGCACGAAACACUACAAGAACCGACGCUAUAAUCAAGGUCUCAAGAACAUCGCUAGCUGGGGAUAUUGGAAGAAUAUGGAGCCGUAUGACUUGGGUGGAGCUCAUGAAAGUCAGCCUUACUUUGAGGCUUUGUCUGACGCGAGCGGCUGGGUGUGGACUAUCCCUCUGCAUGGAGAUGUGGUUUCAGUUGGUGUUGUUCGAAACCAAGCUAUUGCCACGGAGGAGAAGAAGAAACUAGGUUCUCCGUCCAGCAAAGACUUCUACCUGGAGAACCUCAAGCUUGCACCUGGUAUCUGCGGCCUUAUGGCCAAAGCGCAGCUUGUCUCAGAGGUCAAGUCUGCCUCCGACUGGUCGUACAGCGCUUCCAGUUAUGCUAGUCCCAAUGUUCGGUUGGUGGGCGAUGCUGGAUGCUUCAUCGACCCGUUCUUCUCAUCUGGCGUUCAUUUGGCAAUGGCGAGCGGUUUGUCGGCCGCUGCAACCAUCUGUGCGAGCAAGCGAGGUGACUGUGAUGAGAACACCGCGGCAGACUGGCACUCUAAGAAAGUGGCUGAAGGAUACACCCGUUUCCUCCUGGUCGUCUUGAGUGCUCUAAAGCAAAUUAAGGACCAGGACACCCCGGUUCUGACCGAUUGGGACGAGGAGACCUUUGACCGUGCUUUUUCAUUCUUCAGACCGAUCAUCCAAGGUACGGUCGAUGUCAAAGCCCGACUGACUGAAUCGGAGAUCUCCGACACGAUCGACUUCUGUUGCCGAGCCUUUAUCCCUGUUCCCUUGGAAGAAAAGGAAGCGGUUCACCGUAAAAUGGAAGCUCUCGGCCUGAACAAUGAGGAGCUUGACCCUAAGGCGAAAGCCGAGCUUGAGGCAUCCAUGUCUCCACAAGAGGUACAUAUCAUGAACACGAUCCGUGCGCGCGAAAUGUUGCGGUCGGAGGAUACCAUCAACAUCGACACCUUCAGCUUCGACACUAUCCACGGGAUGACCGUCAACCUGCAGCAGGGCCAGUUGGGCCUGAUCCAACCUUCCGGGCAAAAGGCUGAGAAGUUGGACGUUCUUGGACUGUUCCAUGGUGAGCACCGACAGGAGGAUGCGGUGCCUGUCUCUGGUGACCAACCAAUGCCGGGUGACCAGACUACAGCCCCUGAGCAAGCGUGA